GCACAUGGACACGAUGCGUAGCGUGUGUACCUCGCGAGAUUAUCCCCUCCACACGCCACCGUACGCUGUCGACUUGUCGAGGCUGUCGGGAAUCCCAAGUCGGAAUUCAGAUCUGGCAUUGCUGCUCGAGUUAGAAUUGCGUUGUGCAUUACGUAAAUAACAUCGUUCUCGUCUCCUGCCUGAGAAAAUAAUUUUCCGCAAGCAAUCUAUCACUAUUCCCACUGCUUGAAAGUGUCUACCAAUUUCAAACUCAUUAUUAUCGAAUAUUUCAAACGGACCAUCACGAAAACUUCGUGGUCGCCAUUGUGAUACUUUAGCAGUAUUUCCUGUAUUCCGUACUUCGUCAAUUGCACGAAGGACAACGAUUGCAAGCAAAACAAGAGAAAGUUGAACAUGUACAACCAAAGCGAGGACCAAGAAAGUAAGAAGAGACCGUCCAAAGAUAUGGGUGAUUACAGCGUUUCGGAAGAAGAGGAUGGAGACACAGCUGAUUUGAUGGAUAUUAGACCACAACAAGCAAUUGGUAGCCAGGAAUCAAGUUCAUCUCUGAAGAAACAUAGUGAUAAAAGAAGUAAGGAUGAAAAGGAAGGUAACUCGCGUCAACACCAAGAUAGGCUCGACGAACAUAAACAUACUGAGGAGAACAUGGAGAGGUUUGGGCAUGUAUCUCAACAACAGACUAGUUCUUAUCGAGAAAACUCACAGUUUUUAUCACGUCUAUACACAUCAAAAGAAGAGUUUGUAAAAGAAUACAAAAGGCUCUACCAUGGAAAAGCAAAAGCCGAAGAGCUUUAUUUCCUAAUUUUAACUAGACUGAAAAAUGCAGUAUCAGAGGGUACUAUUAAUGAAUUAAAACAAUUAAGCAAUUUAAUUGAUUACACAAAAGAUGCUGAAGAUGAAAUAACUUUGAGAGAUUAUUAUGCUCGCGCUAGUAAUCCUAUUAAAAAUACUAAUUUAGUCAUCUUAGCCUGUAAGCAUAACAAGGUAAAAGUUUUAGAGUGGUUAUUUGGCAGUGCUAAUAGAAUCUUAAGUAAUUUAUCUAUUGAUACCACAAAAACUACUAUAUUACCAGAUGAUAGAGAUGAAGAACGUCACAAUGCGUUUUAUUAUGCUAUACGUUCAAGUAACAUUGAGCUUCUUGAUAAACUCAUCCGCAACUGGCCGGGUAAUUAUUUUGCUGUUCACUUGGGAGAGUUGGAUGAAGCUCUUUCAAAAGCUUAUGAAGAAUUAAAGUUAAAGAAUGUAUCCUUGUCGGACAAAAUGGAAAUAUUUGUUGAAAAUAAGUUAAUAGACCUCCGUUUCUUCUCAAAUACUUCAGGAUGCGACCAAAGCUUCAGCGGUAAUCUUAGUAAUAUCAGAGAACGGAUUAGAUUAAUACUUGAAAACAUUAGCGUACUGAAGAGAGAUUACUUAAACACCGAAGUAGAUGAAAGGUUUUUAGUUGUAGCAAAGUUUAUUGCACAAAAUAUUCAUAUAUUAAAACAGCAGUUAACAUCAACUUAUCAUAGAUUACCUUGGGAAGAAAUAGAGUUCUGUUUAGUCAGUUUUAUCUCUUCUUACAUAAAACGACAAGAUGUUAAUCUAUUUUACCGUUCUGUAUUGACUAAAAGUAAAAUAUUAAAUCAUUUAGAAAAUUUUGCAAAGAAAAUCGAAAACGAAAAAUAUAUUGUGGAAGGUGCAGAUAUUGAUAAAGCUACUGAUUUCCCAAAGUUAAAACGUGAAAAAGUUAUUGCAGAGAUUAUUAGCAGUUACCCUCAAUUUGAAGAAUUGUAUAAUGAUUAUCAACAAAUUAGGGAUAUUCAGUCUUUAAAGAAAAUAAGUGAUUAUAUAAAAUUAGCAUUGUCAGCUGAUUGUAGAGACAGGGAAGACCAGUUAAUUAUUACAAGGGUUUUACAAGUUAUUGGUGAGCAUUUAAAAAACACCUUAGAGUCCCCUAAGUUAUCUAAUACUACAAGUGAGCUUUUGCUGCUAUCCUUACCAAAAUAUACAAGAAAAAUAGUUACAGAUUUACACAAUUUAUUAUCACAUGCUUAUUCACUCUUCAAGAGAACAGAGAUUCUGGGAAGUAAAAAUGUUAAUAUUUUUAUUAGUAUUCAAAAUGAUAUUAAAAAAGUUGAUGAUGUUAUUACUGAUAUUUUUUAUGAAAAAAAAAUAAAAAUGAUCAGAAUACUUCUAAACAAGGUAAUUAAUUGUGACAAUUUGAAUGAAAUAAAAGAGGUUGUUGAAGUGCUUCCUACUGUUGAAUUUGAUCAAUUAAUCUCGGAGCAUUUUUAUAUGAUGGAAAACGAGAAGCUUGAAAAUCUCUUUAAAGAAUUGAGCGAUAAUAUAACGCAGAAGACAAAUUAUGAACAGCACUUGUUCGACAAACUUAAUGGUAUAAUCAAUUCUGAUAUCCAAUCAGAAAAUGUUACUACCUACAUUACAGGCGUUGCAUUAUUAAAUAUUUGCUUGAAUGCAAAAAUGAUGGACCAUAACACUAUUGAAAGAAUAAAACUCCAUGCUAAUCAAUUAUUAGAGAAUAUGGCUCUAAAACUAAAACCUCAUAAUGUUAAAAAAAUUGCUAUGUUAUCAAUGAAAAUUUCUCGUAGUGUUGGGUUAAGAAUUCAAGAUGACACCUUGGAUAAAGUGAACAGAUUACUUUGGGAAAUUGUUUUUAUUGUUGUACUUGCAACAGACGAUAUCGAAUGGAUUAAGAAAUUAAGAGAGGAAUUAAAUACAAACGAUUCUUUUAUUCCUAUAUAUGGACAAGAGAAGACUUACGAUGUUGCAGAAGAUAAAUAUAAUAACCAUCUUGCACCGAAACUACCUGAAUUAAGAAAUAUUUUAAACAAUUUAUUAAGUGACAAAUUAACUAAAACAUUUUCUUUCUAUAAGAACGAUGAAAAAUUGCAAGCAAUAAUACAAAUGCUUGUUUUGGAUAUACUGUCAAUUUUACAUAGCUCAAAGGAAUAUCUGGAAAAUAAACAACUUGUUUUAGAUGAUAAUACUCCUUCAUUAAGUGGAAAAUGUUUCCGUAAUCAUUUAGCACAUGAUAAUGUAUUAGUUAAUAUAUUAUUAUCUAAUCCUUCAAAAACAGGUGUUUCAAAUGCUGAAAAACUUAUUGAAGAAAAUGUAAUGGAAAGUAACAGGAAAAUUGACAACUUGGUGAUUGAUGAUCCUUCCAGAUUGAGAGAGAAAUACGAUCAAGACUUACUUACCAUUAUUAAUCAGAGAAGAAUGUUCGCUGCAUUGCAAGAAGGAAAUUUAGAAAGCUUAAAAGAUUGCCUCAGGAAAGGAGCAGAUCUUAAUGCUAGAAAUAUUAACUCGUGGACCACAUUGCAUUUUGCUGCUAAGGGACCUAGUGUUGAAGUUAUAAAAUUCAUCUUUGAUCAAAAUUUAAGCCUUAAUGUUAAGGAUACUAAUGGCCAAAGCCCACUGCACGUUGCUGCUAUGCAUGGAAGAAAAAUGAUUGUGGACUUCUUCAUACAAGAAGCAGGCUUACAUGUUGAUAAUCUGGAUCAUGGUGGCAAAACACCGUUACACAUUGCAGCUCAAUAUGGUCACAAGGAUACUGUUGAUUUUCUAUUGAAAAAUAAAGCUAAUACUUUUAUCCAGGAUGUAGCCGGUCUUUCACCUUUAUUCUAUGCAAUAAGAAACAAUCAUGUUGACGUUGCUAAGAUUCUACUAACAAAAGAAGCAAAUGUUGAUGUCAAUGAAGCUAUGGGUGGUUUUACCCCAUUGCAUGAAGCAGCAGAAAAUGGUCACUUGGAGUUAGUCAAUUUCUUACUUGAACAUAAAGCAGAUAUUAAGGCAAAAAAUGAUAGAGAUUGGACACCAAUACAUGCAGCAGCAUUCAACGGCCACCUGGAAAUAGUGGACACUUUAAUUCUAAAGGGAGCUGAUGUUAACGCAAAAGAUAUCAAUGGUUGUACACCAGUACAUUGUGCAGUAGAAACCGGUCACGAGAAGAUAGCUAGCAUUCUAUUGAAACAUGGAGCUAAUGUUAAUGCCGUUCACAAAACCUAUAAUAGUACAGCUUUACACUUUGCGGCACAAGAUGGACACGAGGAAAUCGUUAAGAUUUUGCUGAACAAUAAAGCUAACACCAGUGCUAACACUGUUGGGGGUAUAACUCCACUACACUUGGCAGUACAGAAUGGCCACUUGGAAACGGUGACUAUUCUUCUCAAACAUGGUGUUAAUAUUCACGCUAAAGAUAAAAAUAACGUUACACCAUUACAUUACGCAGUAACAAGUGGUCAUAAGGAAGUUGCUGAAUUUUUAAUAAGAAAUGGAGCAGAAGUUAAUGCUAAAACCAAUAUUGAUGAAACAUCACUACAUGAAGCUACUAUGAAAGGAUAUAAAGAUAUUACCGAACUCCUGAUAAAACAUAAAGCCGAAGUUAACGCUCAAGAUAUUGAUGGUGUUACACCCCUACAUGCAGCUGCCAUAAACGGUAGCGUAGAAGUUAUUGAUCUUCUGAUAAAAAAGAAAGCUGAUGUUAAUGCUAGAACCAACAACGACAUUACACCAUUGCAUAUGGCUGCUCGAGACAAUCAUAUAGAUGCUACUGUUUUGCUAAUACAAAAUGAAGCUAACGUCAAUGCUAAAGCUAAAUAUGAUUUUACACCGUUACAUGCAGCUGUUCUAGAAGGACAUAAAAAUGUUGUUGAUCUCCUAAUAAAACAUAAAGCCCAAGUCGAUGUAAGAAACAGUAUUACAGGUGCACCAUUACUGAUAGCUGUGGAAGCAGGUCAUAAAGAAAUCGUUAAGAUUUUGAUAGCAAACGGUGCUAAUAUCAACAUCGAGAUUAACGACUCUACACCAUUGCUUUCUGCAAUUAAAUGUAAUAACAAGGAAAUCGUUGAAGUUCUUAUAGCAAAUGGAGCUAAUGUUGACGCAGAAGGUAAACCUUUAUUUGUAGCAGCGCAUGCUGGCUAUAAAGAUAUUGUAGAUAUUUUGCUACAAACCACAACUCGCGUUAACAUAAAAGGUCUUGGUAACAUUACACCAUUAUAUGCAGCUGCUGCAGGAGGACAUAAGGAUAUAGUGAAGGCUUUGAUAACAAGCGGUGCUGAUAUUGAUGCCAUGUGUAUUGAUGGUGGAACACCAUUACAUUUUGCAGCACACGAGGGUUAUAAAGAAGUUGUUGAGAUUUUGAUAGCAAAUGGAGCUAAUGUUAAUGUUGUUGUUAAAGGUGCCGGCGGAGCAACACCAUUACAUGCAGCAGCAACAUUUGGUCGCACUGAUGUUGUAAAAAUUUUACUAAAUAAUAAUGCAAAUGUUAAUAUUAAGAAUUAUGAGGGUAGAACAGCUUUAGAAUUAGCAGUGGCACAUGAUCGUUUGGAAGUGGUUAAAGCAUUCCUUCAGUACAAGAAAGUAAAUAUGAAUAGUAAGGGUUACGAUAAUCGGACAAUAUUGCACAUCGCUUCACAGGGAAGUAACUUAGAAAUGGUGAAGUAUCUAGUCGACAAAGGGUCUGAUAUUAAUGCUAAAGCUGACGCUGGCUUAAAGCCCGUGCAUCUUGCAGCUAGAGAUGGUCAUGAGGAAAUUGUAGAGUUUUUCCUUAGUAAGGGACUAAGUGUCAACGAGCCGACUAUAUUUAAUGGGACAUUACUACAGUAUGCUACAAUAAAAGGUCAUUUAGCAGUUAUCGAGUAUUUAAUAGCGCAAGGUGCUGAUGUCAAUGCUCAAGAUAUCAAUGGCGUAAGUCCUAUGCAUAUUGCUGCUAAGUUUGGCCAUAAAAAUGUGAUUGAAGUUUUACUAAAACAUGGAGCAACUUAUAAUGUUAUUGACAAAUCAUCUAGAAAACCAUUAGUAGCGGCUCGUGACAAAAACGUUAUCAGCCUAUUAACAUCAACUGAAACGUUAUUUCAGGCUAUAAAACAUAAUGAUUUUUCAGAAGUUGAGAGUUGCAUCAAAAUGGGAGCAUUUGUUAAUGCCAAAAAUGCUGAUGGUGGAACACCACUGCAUUUUGCUGCAUGGAAAGGCAGUGACAGAGUUGUCAGUCUUCUAUUACAAAAUAAAGCUAAUUCCAAUGCAGUUAAUAACAAGGGGUUUACUCCUCUACAUUAUGCUGCUAAGUUCUCUCACUUAAAAGUUGUAAAGGCUUUAUUAUCUAAUGGUGCAAUAUACAAUGCUGUCUCUGACAAUGAUAAAACGCCAUUGAAUCUUACUGUAGAAAAAGAAAUUAUUUAUUUAUUUAAAUUAGUGAAUAAAUCAUUUAAAAACGUUAAAAAUGGUAACUCUAAAGUUAUUGAUGAUCUUAAUAAAAUAAAGGACGUUGACACAAUAAAAGCUAUCAUGGGUGCUCGUAACAAAGAAAACAAAACGCUAAUAGUUGCUGCAGCGCAUAGUAACUUUUCAAAACUCGAACGAUUGAAACAGGUAUCACAAGGUGAUGUAUCGUCUCAGCUUGAUAUAGCUUUCGCUUUCUUGGAACAGAGCAAAUAUCAACAGGCCUUAAGUAUUUAUAAAAGUGUAUUUGAAAAGAGGAAAGAAAUAUUAGGACCAGAUAAUCCUGGUACUUUAGAUAUUCAGACGUGUAUAGCUGAUGCAUUAUAUGCACAAGGAUAUUACCAAGAAGCUUUAAAUACGCUUGAGGAAAUUUUCCAGAAACAGAAAGAAGUUCUGGGUUUGAAUAAUAUCGACACUCUAAAUACAAGAAGUACAAUUGCUCUAAUGCUGCACGGACAAGAAAAAAAUGAGGAAGCUUCUAAUAUCUAUCAAGAAGUCUAUCAGAAACAAAAAGAAAUAUUAGGACCAAAUCACUCAGACACUUUAGAUACUCAGUUGCACAUGACAUUACUAUUGUAUGAACAAGGGAAAUAUGAAGAAGCGUUAAAUAUUAAUAGGAUAAUUUUUGAAAAAAGAAAAAAGAUGUCAGAUGUAAAGGCUGUGGCAAUUGCUAUGCGUGCUCAAAAUAAUAUAGCAAUGAUACUGUGUAACCAGGGUAAAUACGCAGAGACAUUGGAAAUUUAUGAAGAGCUUUUCGAAAAGAAUAUGAUGAUUUUCGGUAUUACUCAUUUUGAAACUUUGAAAACAUUACAUGACAUUGCCGGAGUACUAUUCCAUCAAAAGAAAUAUCAUGAAGCCUUGAAAGCUUUCCAAAAGGUUUUAAAUAUCCAAAAAUGCGUUUUGGGGCCAAAUGAUAUUGAUAUCUUAGAGACUCAAGUUAAUAUAGCAAAUAUACUUUUUGCUCAAGGCAAAUGGAUUGGUGCACUAAAAGCUUACAAAGAAACUUUUGAUCAAUUAAAAUCUGUUUUUGGACUAAAUCAUCCUAGUAUUUCGAAUAUUUUGCAGAGGAUAAAAAGCAUUAAAGUGAUAUUUAAACUUGAGGGCGGUAUUGAAUCGGAAGUUUUCCAACAUCUGCAAAAAGAUAUUAACAUUGCUGCUAGUAAUGGUGAUGUAGAAACUGUGCAAUGUCUAUUAAAAGGUGGAAUUAAUAUCAAUGAUAAAGACAUUGAUGGAAGAACAGCAUUACACUACGCUGUUAGCAGUGAACGAGUAGAUGUUAUUAACAUCUUACUACAAACUGGAGCUGAUGUUACCCAAGUUACUAAUAAAAAUAAUACACCGUUACACAUUGCUACCUCGAAAGGUUACAAAAAAAUUGUCGAAGUUUUGUUACAACAUGUGAGUCGUCAUAAUGGACGUGUAAAAUUAAAUGACCUUAUUAAUACUAAAACCGCUGCUAGCGGUAGUACAUCACUUCACAUUGCAGCCAACAAUGGUUACUUAGAGAUUGUCAAAUCUUUAUUGAAGUAUGGUGCGAUCUAUAACAUUAAGAAUAAAGAAGGUAAGACACCUCUCAAUCUUACCAAAUACCAGAGUGUUACUAAUUUGUUGCAACUUGUUGAAGAAAUAUUUGAAGACGCAAAAAUAGGUAAUAGUGAAAUUAUUAACAAGUUAAAAGCAGUAAAACCAGACGAGUUUGUAGCUGUGAUUAAUACUCGUAAUGGUCAAGGGAAUAAACUAUUACAAGUUACUAUAUCUAAUAAACACAUAAAUAUUGCGAGGAAAUUGUUAAAAAUGCAAAUGUCAGAUCAGAAUGUAUAAGAUGUUAAUAGAAGAUGGAGUUAAAGGUUUAAAACUCUAAAUGACAUGGAAAUAUUUAUAUGGAACCUAACGCAAUAUUAUAUUAACAGGAACUGUGGAUUAGAAAAAUAACAUCAUAAUCGUAACAUCAUGCAGGUCAACAACCUCUUUUUUUCAUAAAUUUUCACUAGUUUGCACUAAACCUCGAUCUCUUCUUAAAAAAUUUCAGUACACAUCACUUACUCUGAAAGUCAUAUUAUGUUCCAUCUUUCUUGUAUUUGCAGAAACCCUUACAAGAACAAGUGCUUAAUGCUUACUUAAUUAGCAAUGUGACUAGAUUUAUUAUACGAUUUGUCAAAAUUAAAGUAUAGUGAUUAGAAAAUAUAAGGGGCGCGCGUGUUGCGUACGUGUGUUAGAGAAUUUUUAGUUUAAGCUUUUGUGAUGUGCAAAAAAUGAGGGACUAUAUUUUCAAAUAUUUUAAAAGGCUAUAAUUUUUAUAGUUUAGGGGUUAUUUUAUACGUAAAGUAGGUAUCAGGUUUUUUUAAUAUUUAUGGAUAAAAGUUUCAGUUUUAUGUAUUCAAGUUAAGUUAUCUUUAUGUAUUAUUAUUUAUCGUUCAGUUUUGAAGGACAAAAAGAAUUGUUUAGUUUAUGAAAACAAUUUAAAUAAGAAAUGUCAUAUAUAUUUAGGAUUAAAUGAGAGUUACAAUUUAUUAAUCUUUAAUUGUUUUAUUAAAUACGAAUGAACAAUUUAUAUGUAAUUUAUUUUAAUUAAACUUCA